GGAUGUACUUGAAACUUCUGAUCCUGCUGGUCCUAGCAGCGGCCAUCAUUGCCGACGUCGCCGCUCAAGAAGAACCACCUGGUGGUAUGGGGAAGGGGGUGGUUUCGGCCUUCGUGGCCGUGGUGUCGGCGGGAGACCCGGGCUCUAUGCCGACGGUCACGUCGCCGAAGCUCGCAAGCCUCGAGACCUGGGAGACGCCGAUGUUGCUCCAAAUGGAGACGGUGAAGAAGGCAAAAGAAAACAAGCGACUGGGGUUGCCUCCUAUAUAUACUGGACGCUGAAAUGGAGCUUUGGAAGCUCUACAAUACAUAAAGGUACUGCAAAUUAGUACGGGCGUGAUCAUAUAGGUCGUGGGAUCGUCGUACGAUCGCUAACUUUUGGCAUUUUGGAGGACAAAAAUGUACGUCUCCUACAACUACAACCCUCAACAGUCUUGAUACACAAAAUGCUGUCUUACCUGCAGACUAUAGCUAGCUAUAUAGAAAUUCUUGCAAAUGCGUUUGAUGACUGCGAGAACAGGCUAGUAUUGUAAGUUUGUAACCUUUAAUUCUUGAGAUAACUACACAUUUUGCUAUACUUCCCAUAGUAUUAUAUGCAUUACGGAGAAAUAUUUAUUAUCACUGUGUUGUCACCCUUGUAGCGAUAACAACAUGAUUUCAAGGCUUGUUUACAAUAGCGUGAAUCAGUGAAAUAAUUGUUUAUACUGUAUUGAUCCUGAAGAAGGCGACAGUGGUCGUCAAAAAUGUGAUUCGUGUAGACCUCUCUCAUGGAAGAAAUUUUAGCAUUGUGCUAUAAUCAUUGUUAUAUCAAAGUU